AUGAUAAAGGUUUAUGUUGGGGAUGGACUAAGGAUCGACGUUUUGAGAGGAAAUAAAUUUAAAAAUCGUUCUUUUGGUUUCUUGCACUUUGAUUCCGACAAAAGUGCGGAACAAUGGUGUCAAUGUGCUCCGGACUUUAAGCAACAUGAUUGGCUGGAUGAUGUCGACGUUUUCUCGCUUCCUCUUAACUUGCCCAUUAAUGACGAUGCCAUUGUGGAACUUCAUCUCCUAAACGUAAAGAACAAGGAACUGUUUGAAAGUGAAUUUUUGAGACCCUACGGAGAGGCAGUUAAAGAGGCAGGCGGUGUUCCCUUUGUCAUCGCAACUUCACACGUGGUGCGGAUACGUGGGAUAAACAGAUGCAAUUUCUUUGUGCUCACACAGUGGCCAUCGUUUGACGCAGCCAAAGAUUGGCACCUUUCAGGACGGUACAAUCUUAGAACUGUCCAGGGUCACCGUGCCUGUAUAAAGAAUUCAAGGUGCGGCUGA